AUGAUGGAUAUCACUUUAUCACAAGUUGAUAAGCAUUUAGAUGAUGCUAUUUCAACACUUGUUAAUUACACUCCGUCUGAUGGCAUUACAGUUUUAAAAGAAGCCAUAUCAACACUUUCUUCUUAUUCGCAAAGAUACGCUAUCAUUCGGGAUGCUUUAUAUCCACGUUUUCUUGUAUCUUCAAAAAUCGUUGUAUCAAUUAUUGGUAUUAAGCAUGAUCACAAAUCUCACAUUCAUCAUUCUGUUCAUUCGGCUCUUUUAAAAUGGCUAGUUAUUGUUUAUUCUUUUUUGGAGGACCCUUUAAUUAUCUCCAAGCUUUACACUCCAAUUUUAGCAAAGGUUCCAUAUGAGUCGACGCGUCAGUGGUGGCGAAUUCAACUUCUCACUGAAUAUUAUGUUAGAUUUCCAAGUUCACAAUAUAUCACAGCACUUUUACGUCUUUACCAAUCUUACGCCCCUCUUCUUUUUGUUGGCAGCCUUCCUUUGCUGGGUUCUAUUUUCAAUGGUGACUCAGGAAUGCUUGUAAGAUUACUUUUGUACAAAGGCUCAAGCAACGAAUGGGAUCGAUUCAAUUCAUGGCUUCUUCAGCAUCUUUAUGAUACAUUUCAACGUGGUGCAGUUGAUCCUGCAAAAAAUUCGACAGUGAUGGGAAAGCAAAGUGGACCAGGAACUUCUAUAAUAACAAAGGGUUCUUCUAGAGCCGGCCUUCGAUUUUACUUUGAACAAAUUGUUUCAUUUUCCAUGUAUACUAAAAGGUUCCCCUAUGCGGCAGAAGAGUUUUUAUAUGAAUAUCUCACAAUUUGGGAUGGAAUUCAAAAUUGCGACUUAAUGUUUAAAUUAAUUAGUUUACUACCUAUGAAUUAUCAUGAGUUUGUUGAAGAUCAAAUUCUGGAGCCUUUGAAAAGGGUGGUUGUGUCAAAUUAUGCUUCCAGACAAGUUUGGGUUUUCGAGUUACUUACGCAGCUUAUUCGAAACUGGAGAAUUCAAAUACUCUCAGGAAAAGGUCAAGUUGACAAUUUGAACAUUACUGAACAAUGUCGUACCUUAAGAUCGGUUGUGUGUUUUGUGGACUAUUAUGGGUUGUUUGCCGUUGAAAAGUUUAAAGAAAACGUUACAGUGGCGUUAAGCAUAAUAUUGUUCUUUAAAGAAAUUGCAAUGUUCCCAUACCAUAAUGUGUUUCCAGUUGUUUUAUCAAUGUCUUCUGAUCUUCUUUAUUAUCUUUUUAUGUCUCGUUCAGGAGUUAUAAUUUCACAUUGUUCUGAUCUAUUAGUUCGAUGGAAACCAUUGCAUCUUAGUAAUAUUCGUGAAAAACCAUUGGAUCGAAGUAUACAAUACCAGGGAUAUGUUCUUGAUUUUUGUAAUUCUUUGUGGCUUAACAAAUCUUUUGAAAUUGUCACUAAAAGCUCUCCAGAUUUGAUUGUUCCUUCAUAUUUUUCUCUCAGCCAUAAGUUUAUUGGCAUCCUUCAAGAAAUUGCAGCAAAAGAAAGCUUUCCUCUAGCAAUGCUUUUUGGUUUUUCGCAUUCUAUUGUGUUUGCCAGACAGGCAGCAAAGUUCCUAAGAUCUGUUGAAAAUAAAGUACAGGUAGAAGCGAUAGAAAAAUCACAAACCAAGGAUGGUAUUCGUAAUUCACCAAAGAAAUUUCAUCGACUUAUGGAGCCACCAACAUACACUUCUCUUAAAUUAAACUCAGCAUCUGGGGGUAUUAGUCUAGCAUAUGCUGAAUUUCGGAUUUCGUUUCUUGAUACUUUGGAAGAAAAUGGAUAUACCGGACUAUAUUCACUGUUAUACACUUCAAUGAGAAAACUUAUGGAACGUAGGCCUAAUAAUCGACUAAAAAACGGAUUAACUUCUUCUAAAAGGCCAAUUGAAGCAACUACGGAUACAAACGUAUCAGCUUCUUCUAGUACUAGUGCUGCAUUGAAGACCAAGUCACCAUUAUCUAAAAAGCAAAAAACAACCUUGAAUCAAAACCCAAAGGUGUCAAAAGUCAAAGCCUCUAAACCAGCUGCUUCUUUGACAUCUAAUGAUAAAAUAAUGGGAAGUAACGCUAAUUCUUCUAUAAAAGGAAGAAAUAGAUCAAAGGCAUAA